AUGUUCUUCACCUCACCCGCAUCUAACAUCACUCCAGCCAUGACUUCGGUGGCCAUGUCGCGUUCUGAUUCUCGCGACUCAACUUCCUCCACCAAGUCCUACAAAUCUACCCCGGGCGCGCCAUCAUCCGCGUAUGCAGCGCUCAUGAGCGCAUCUCCCACCUCCUCAUGGCCGACAUCUCAUGGCCUCACUCGCUCGGACAGCAAUGCCUCCAGCAUCACUUUCCAGUCUCAGGCAUCAUCGCUGGCCAUGCGCCGCGACAGCAGCAACUCCACAUGGCUUCCAAGUCCUUACCGAUCGUGCAUGUCGUCCUUUGGUUCCGAACCUAACUCAUACCUCUCGGACGACGACCUUCUCUGCCUGCCUGAGACUCUGGGCCUGCCCGUGGAGACCAUCCCCGCGCUUGCUCCCGCCAAAGAACUCACAACCGAAGAGCAAAUCGCAUAUCUCCGCGAGUUGCAAGAGAGAGAAGAUGCCCACCGACAGGCAGCACGCGAUGCUGACGCGCGACGCAAAGUGGUUCGCUUCGCCGGCCCCAACGAGGUCGCAAGCAGUGGCAAGUCUCGCCGGCCUAGCACGAUCAGAAGACGCCAGACUGGCCUUCGACGCCUGAAUGGCCCUCAAUGA